GAAAGUAAGAUGGCAGCGUCCAUAAUAGGAAAACAUGAUACAAGUUAUACUGACGAUAAAGAUGUUUUCUAUCGUGGGAUAGAAGCAUUAUUGCAAGGAUGGACAGUGUUGCAGCUUGCUGUUCAACAUGGGUUUGGCGGACCAUACGGCUAUGAAAAGUCUCAGUGGUUUGUUGGAGCUAUAUGGCAGUGGUUUCAAGAAAAUGAUGAUAUUGAACCAGAAGAACUUGAGGAUUUUUUAGGAGAUAUUUUGAAUACAGAAUUUGAUACUAUAGCAGAAGAUGGAAGUUCAUCACAAAUAUGUAAGAAGAUUUGUAAAUUUUUUGCACUGUACAAAUCCGGAGACCAUAGUUCGAUCCUAAAAGAAAUUCAUGAAGUACCAAAGGCAAGAUUGGAAGGCUGUGCAGAGGCUCCAGGGCAAGAUGAUGGUGACGAUGAUCAGGAUAAGACAAAUGAUGUUAGUCAGCAUAAUUGUGAAGCUAUGAUGUCUAACUUCUCAUUGGAAAAUGGAAAAGAUUCAGCACCGGCAAACAACGAAUCAACAAAAGAAACAGAUAAUAAAGAAGAGGAUGAUGGCUGGACAGUUAUAAAAAGAGGAAAGAAAAAAUGAUACUAAUAUUUUUAAUUUCACUUGGAUUUUAAACGUUUUAAAAAUUUUUACCUUGCACUAUUAAUACCAGAGUUUUAUCAGUGGAGUGAGUAGAAAUAAGCACAAUCUGAGGAUCAUUUUUUUUGUUGAGUUGAAGUCAACUAGCACCAUGAAUGCAAUUGAGAGAUAUUGAGUGUUUAUUAAUUCCAUAGUGUUAACUGGGAUGCAAAAUCAUGAGAAAAGGAGGCAUCGGACAUUUUUAUGUUGUCUUAACCUUGUUAAAUGCACUCUAUUCUUUGAUCAAGAUUGCAGAUGGUGUAAAUACAAUAUACAAGUAGCUAUAUCAGAUGCUACAUACAUUUGUCACCCCGCAAAAAUUUAAAUUCAUUAUAAAUAUAAGGAAGCGAAGAAGACAAAGUAGAAUGUAUUGUAAAUUCUAUUUUCGCGGACUUCACAAACGUCUGGUGAAUCAAUCUUAACGUUAUUUGUUAUCACCUCUGGCCUAACUCACUUUUCUUAACCAGAAUUUUGUCAUGCAACUUUCCGGUCACAAUUGUCGUGGAUAAUUCUGAUGAGGUAAGUAUGCAACUGUUCAAGUAAAAGAGAAGAUACAAAGAUAUUUGUUGUGCUUGAUGGCUCAUACUAUCAAAAUCUACACGAACAUUGACAUCAGUGUUAAUCCAGAAUCAAUACUCGCUCUUUCCGUGGCCGUCCCGAGGCAAAACAACGCAACUGACAUUUUUGUCAAUUUUAAGAUAAUAUAAUGUGGGAAUAUAUUAAACACGUCUGAAUUACCUGGGAAAAUUUCAGGUCUUAAUAAUUAGUCAUUUCGGAGAUAGCACCACAUAUCUUUAAGCACAAAACUUAAAAAUCUAGUGAUUUUCCGUGGCAAAAUAACGUAACUACAAGGUUACGGGGCAAAACAACGUACCUACGAUGAGGAUACGUUGUUUUGCCUCGGAAUGGUAUUCAAAAAUUGUUAUGAGCUGUUGGAGUUUGGCAAGGCAAAAUCAAAUGGUUAUUUGUGUUUUUAUAUCAAUAAUCUUAACAGCAACGUAUGAACAAGCUAGGUAAUGCAUAUGAUUGCCCCAAACUUGAUAAAUUGUAACAAUACCAUGCCUAACAUGUUUCCGAGGCAAAACAACGUAUCUGUAAUUAUCACUAAUAGCUUUGCAAUAAAGAAACGGUUGUAAUUAAAAUUAAAAAUAUAAUCACAAUGUCUAUACAGUCGUGGGGUAAAGGGAGAACAAUUUUGUGUUCUAUAGUGGAAGUGUAUAUUCAAAAAAUCAUUUGUUUUUUAUUGAAAAUUAGAAAUUAAAUCAUUCCCUCACCACUCGACAGACAU